AUGAACGGUGCAGCGUCGAACUUGGUUAUCUCUCUCGUGGCCAUGCAAGCCGCGAGGAAGAUCGACUUCAAUGACCCUCAAAUUCUUAUGUUUGUCAGGAUUGCCUAUGUGUCGGUACAAACUAUCAUUCUGGCUGCAUACUACUACACCUCCAUAAAGAUCAAGCAAAAAAACGAUAUGACUGUUCUCAAAUACGUCGAACCCGCUAACCCCAUGGCGGGCAAAGAAGAUGGGCAACUUGUUACUACCACAGUAAAAGAUUACGACCUUUCGGAGACCUCAAAGCUCAUUCGCGGCGCGCUCAUUGGCGUCGCCAUGAUGGCGUUCAUGCAUGGCUAUAUGAGAUAUACCCAGCCGCUCUUUGUUCAAGCACUUAUGGGCCUCAAGAACCUUUAUGAUGCUAAGCCAGUCGCAAUCCACAUUCUCGGAAAGCCUGCGGAGGGUGAUCUUAAACGACCAUUUAAAACAGGUGGUUUUAUGGGUGCGGCGGCGGACCCUCAGACGGAUAAGGCUGCUAUUGACCAGGCGGAAAAGCAUGUUGCUAAGAAGGAGGAUUAG